UGAAAGACGGACUGGAGGCUCAUGAUGGACCCCGUCCCGCUGCUGCUCAUCCUGCUCUCAUCGGUACCGGCGGGCUCCGCAGCCUACACCGGGCCCCUCCAGCCGGAGAUCACCAACGGUACCUUCCACCACUUCUUCGUCCCGGACGGAGACUACGAGGAGACUGUGGACCCCGAGCAGUGUCAGAUGCUCUUCAAGUUCUCCGACGCGCUCCCGUGCGCGGCCUCAGAGGAGGACAGCGACGCUGCCGUGCGCGACGACUUCAUCAUCAGCAAACUGCAGGCGGAGGACGCGGCGCGGCUGCUGGAGAGCAUCGGGCGCACCGUGGCGCACGACCUGGACGGAGAGGACAGCUACGGGAAGUUCCUCCGCAGGGAGAUCUCCCAGAUCAGCGAGGCCUUCUCCAGCGUGGACAACUCUCUGGUGGAGCUGGAGGUGAAGUUUAAACAGAGCCAGGAGACGGAGCUGAUGGAGGAACAGCAGCUGGGCGGCCACGUGCUGCAGCAAGUGAGCGACAUCAGGGGCGCGCUGAGGGAGACCACGGACAUCUCCCAGGGUCUGAAGGACAAACACGAACUGCUGUCCCUCAUCAUCCGCAGUCAUGGGACCAGACUGAGCCGCCUGAAGACUGACUACCUGACUGUGGGCUCUUAGUAGGCAGUGUGUGUGUGUGUGCGUGUGUGUGCGUGUGUGUAAAUGUCUGUGAAUGUGUGCGUGAGAUUAAAACAGACCCUCCAGUUCACAACUGGAAAGUUUAUUACCGCUCUUAUGGAUAUUCUUCAUUUUGGUUGUUUCCAUUCCCUGGAGAUAUGAGACCAAAAACAUCUAAACAUUCCUCAAGUCAGGAAGAGGAAAAACAGACGUGAGCAUAAAUUAAAUGUCUUUGGUGCC